AUGGCUUAUCACAUUCGCACUCACUCGGUUGCUAUGAGUGAAAACAGUGGCGAUGCAGAGAUGUGUAAAGAUAAUAUAGAUGAAAAGCAUAUAAUAGUUGAUGAUAUCGAAAGUCUGGCAGCUGAUAAUGAGAUAGGAUGGAAAGGGCGUCUCGCUUUAUUCUACGAGGCACUGUUCUAUUACGUAUACGCUUUAAUUAAUACUUAUAUGCUAAUAAGUACUUGCUUGCUGGUGGAGUAUAGUACAAAAGAG